AUGGCGGCGUUCUCAGGCCACGCAUCCCUUCCAACACCACUCACACCCUCCAUGCCAGUGACUGGUCCUAUCCCUGAACAGAUCGAAAAACUCCCAAUCACGCCUCCAGAGAUAACGGGACAUUUUGACGAGAAGCUGUUCAAAACCGAUCACAAGACGAUCAGCAAAGCCCUUCACGUGCUCGCUACCGAAAGGCUGGCGCUAGAGCACCUGGAAGACCUAUACACGAAUUCAGUAGAGGCCCAGGAGUCGCUUUCACGUGCAAUCAACCAGAUUAUCCGUGCGGAGACACGACAUGGAAAGACCAUAUUUAUCGGCGUUGGCAAGUCAGGCCAUAUCGCGAAGAAGUUGGUAGCGACAUUCGUGUCCUUGGGCAUCCACGCACAGUUCUUGCAUCCCAUCGAGGCUCUGCAUGGCGACCUGGGAGUCGUGCGACCGAAUGAUACCGUGGUGAUGAUCACAUUCUCCGGACGGACUCCUGAAUUGAUGUCGCUGCUGCCACAUAUCCAACCAGGGAUCCCUCUCGUCAUCAUGACCGGCCAUCUCAGCCAGAACACUUGUCCCCUUCUCGCGCACCCCUCAAGACGCAAUGCAACCAACAUCCUUCUUCCAACCAUGGUCCACGAAUCCGAGAUCUCCUCCUUUGGCGUUUCCGCUCCCACGACAUCCACAACCAUCACGCUAGCCUUGGGCGACAGCCUUGCCCUCGCAGUAGCCGACGAGCUCCACACUGCAGCAGGUGUGCAGACACCAGCUAUUUUCGCAGCCAAUCAUCCUGGCGGCGCCAUCGGCGCCGUGUUGAAACCGCCAGCGCCGUCUGUGCCGCGCAUAGCAGAUCUAGCUACCGCCGUGGACCAAGUCCCAAUCGCAAGGCCGCGCCCUGGGGGAUUUCCCCUUCUGUGCCACGACAUCCUCAUCGCGGCCGUCCGCUCCCUGCGAGGCUAUGUGCGCACAUCUCCAACCCACAUCAUAAGCCCGCGCCGCAUCCAACGCCUCCAGAAUCUAGAACUGCCCAUCGCAGAUCUCGAGGACGAACUGGGCAAGAUCGAAGUCGAGAAAACCGACUGGAUCUCCGUCCUCGGCUCCACCACCGUCGAGGAGUGUAAGCAGUGGAUCCUGCAGAUGCGUGGCGCCGAAUCCAACGGCCGAGGGAGGGAUUUCCUUCGCAGAGGCACGUUACUUGGUAUCGUCGACCACAAUGAGGUCACUGGCAUCGUGGAUAUAGAGGAUGUCAUGGGUGAGGAUUUUGUUUGA